CAGGAGGAAAGCAGCAAAUGCUCAGCGAUGGAGGUGAGGGUAGUCUACUGCCUGCUCCUUUGGGCUGUGCACUUCUUCCUGGCCACACCACACAGUGCUCUCAGGGUUCUCAGUAGGGAAUCAAAGACUGGUAAUGAGCAAGAUUCCUGUAUAAAUGUCAUUCCCUGCCAAGACAAUGGAGCUAUUUGUAUUCAGCCUUGUUCUCCCUCCUUCCAUGGGGACACAAGCUUCGUCUGUGAAGACAGAAAGUGGCAAAUGUUGUCUGAUGCCUGUGCAAACCUGGAUGUUCAGUCCCUUUUUCAGAGGAUAUCUGAAAGUGGACUCCUUCCAUGCUCUGGAGGACAUGUUGCUGGAGAACAUCUUCCUUUUGUAGGAGAAGAGCAUGGGAAGCCUGAAGAUGGGCAAAAACAUUUUGGUGCUGAUGACCAGGGAAGUAGGAGCUGCCAAGCUGAUUUUUCAUGCAUCAUCCCAGAUAUCCUGUCUUCACCAGCCAUUCCAGGAAACAUUGCUGAUAUAGUGGGUUUGCUGAAGAAUAUUUCCCUCCUGUUAUCAGAGAAUGUCACCAGAGCAAAAAUGCAGAGCUACAGCAGGAUAGCAAACCAUAUUCUGAACAGCUCCAUCAUCUCCAACUGGGCUUUUGUAAGGGACAGAAACGCUGGUUCAGAAUUACUGGACUCGGUGAAUUUGUUUGCUGGGAAGCUUCUUCUAAGGAACGGGUCGGAAAGUGUGGAGGAGCCCUUCAUCGCUACGAAAGGCUACAGCAUACACAGAAAUACCUCAGGAACGAGCUUUGAUUUUUCCAUGGAGUUCAACAACACAGGCAACAUCUCUGGGCACGUGGCGAUCCCAGAAGAGGAGCUUUUGAAGCUGCCCAGGGCUUCCAAGGCAAUCAGCAUUGCGCUCCCAACGCUCGGGGCCGUGAUGGAGAGCGCCCAGUCGGAGCCCGCGUUCGUGAACGGGAUGGUGCUGUCGGUGUCUCUGCCGGAGGAGCUCCGGCACGUGUUGCUCACCUUCGAGAAGGUGAACAAGCUGGUGCAGGUGGAGGCCCAGUGCGUGGGGUGGCACUCGGCUGAGCGGCGCUGGGACAGCCGGGCGUGCAGGACGCAGUCGGACACCGCCAGCAGCGCGGUUUGCGUCUGCACCCACCAGCGCCGGACCUACAAGUCCUUCUCCAUCCUGAUGUCCCCCGCCACGCCGCGCAGCGCGGCGCUGGAUUACAUCACCCGCGUGGGCUUGGGCCUUUCCAUCCUCAGCCUGGUUCUCUGCCUCGUCAUCGAGGCUGUUGUCUGGCACCACGUCACAAAAACUGAAAUAACCUACAUGCGCCACUUCUGUCUGGUCAACAUCGCUGCGUCACUGCUCGUUGCUGAUGUUUUGUUCAUCCUGGCAGCUAUUGUGCACAAUACAGCCCUGAACUACCAGUUGUGCGUAGCAGCCACAUUUUUCCUUCACUUUUUCUACCUUGCCUUGUUUUUUUGGAUGUUUACACUGGGCCUCUUGAUUCUCUAUGGAUUAUUAUUAAUUUUUUUUAAGAUAACGAGAUCUGUGUUCCUGGCUGCAGCGUGCUCUAUUGGAUAUGGGUGUCCCUUGGUCAUAUCUAUCCUCACUGUUGCCAUCACUGAACCAAAAAACGGGUAUUUGAGGAGUGGAGCCUGCUGGCUCAAUUGGUAUGAGACAAAAGCCCUUUUGGCCUUUGUCGUGCCCGCUCUGAGCAUCAUUGUGGUGAACCUGGUGGUGGUGGUGGUGGUUGUGGUGAAGACUGGGAGAUCCUCUGUGGGAGAAGGCUGCAAGUCACAGGAUUUGAGCAGCAUGAUCCGAAUCAGCAAAAACGUGGCCCUUCUGACGCCUCUUCUGGGUCUCACAUGGGGGUUUGGACUGGCAACGAUUCUCGACAGCCGAUCCCUGGCGUUCCACAUCACGUUCGCGCUGCUGAAUGCCUUCCAGGGAUUCUUCAUCCUGUUGUUUGGGACACUUCUGGACAGAAAGACAAGAGAAGCCUUAAGGAUGAACUGCCUUUCAUCAAGACGCAAGUGGGGUCUAGAAAAGUCCUAGCAGUGGGCAGUUGUCUGCAGUGGGUCUGACCAGCAAGAACAAAAGGAGCACUUCUUGCACAGAAGUCCUGGUUUGAGGU